UAAUCUUGUCGAUUAAGAGUUGGUGACUUAGGUUGUAUCUUCUUCGUCACACCUAACCAUUUAUGAACCCACAUAACAAACGGUGUCGUUUGAGCUCAUCAACAUCAUCUACAUAAUUUACUAGUUUAAAGAGAAAAAUACACAUUAAAAAAAGAACUCUCUCCCUCACAUGGCUCUUCCCUUAAACCGCGUUAGAUCGUCGUCUAUCUUCACGUUCACUGUUUCAUUCGUCUUCAUCUUCGCCGGAAAAUCAUUCUCCCAAGGCUUACGACCUUCCGAUCAUGGCCUACAGUAUCAGUCCAGCUCACCACCGACUGAAUCUCACUCACCUCCCGGUAUAGUGAUGUCCUUCUUCGGAGAUUCCCAUUCUCCUCCUCCUCAGCUCCUCCCAAAAGCUUCGGAGGCAGACGGCGACGAUGACUCGUGGUGGCGUGACGACGGAGCCGCGAACAGACAUGGUCAUGUGAUGAGGCACGUGUUUCUUGCGGCGAGUAUCAUCUGUGGCGUUUCCGGUGUUGCGCUGCUUGUGGUUUUCACUUUGGUUUACUUCUUUAGGUAUCGCAAAAAAAUAUCCAUCGAACUUACCGUGUAACGAUUUAAAGUAGAAAAUUCGAUUUUGAUGUUUUUGAAAUAUGAUUUUUUUACACGAAUUUUUUUUAUUUUUAUUUUAAAAAAAUAUAAAGAGCACUUUGCUUUAUUCUGAAGAGUUUUAUGUUUUGUUGCACACCCACAUAUU